CGCUUACACGAUAAAUAACGAUAUGAUUGUUUUUUAAAGAAGGUUACAAGAAACUACAACAAAUAUCUAGCCGGAACAGCGACGUACAAAUAACACACCCUUUGAGAAAACAAAGGAAAAGGAUUAUUGUAGAAGACAAAAAAUGGCUAACGACUUCCUAUUACGAAAAUGGAGGGCUAUAUUUCAUGUAAAUGACAUCAAUAAAGAUAACAUAAUUACAAUAGAAGACGCAGAACUGUUCACAGAUAGAUUCGCUACUCAUCACAAAUUCAGUGCUGAACAAACAACAGCUGCAAAAGAAAAAUUCCGCUACUUCUGGAGAGAGUGCUUCCUCAAAGAUCAAGACAAAGUCACAGAGGAAAUGUUCCUGGAUACACUAACGAAAGAGUACAACGCUGAUCCUGUAAAGUUUCGAGCCAACCAGCAAAAUGCUACCUCUGUCGUUACCAAUAUUUUUGAUGUUAAUCAAGAUGGUUGUAUAUCAGAGCAGGAACUGGCCGUCUGUAUGAGAUGCUGGGGUGUUGAGCAGAAUUUCGACAAGAAAUUCAUACAGUCGUAUCCUCAAAGGAAGCCGGGUUUCGUACAUAACGAUGACUACACAGAGUCUUUUGUCGAAUACAUGUGUAAUGGUGAUGAAAACGUAAUCACAAAAGAAAAACCUGUCAUUGUCGCUCUCAAUAUUGUAGAAAUUUAAGAGCUUUACACAAGGAGCAAUUAAUUCCAUAAUUUGACUUUAUAUCACAAAACGCUUCAAUCAGAAGGUCAAUGUAUGUCGAACCGAUGAACUGGAUCUUAAUUUCCUAAUUCGCCAUGAAUAUUUUAUUUGUUUGUUUUAUCUGAAGAGCUAUUUCGUUUUGUCGUUUUUAUUUCUUGACUUUAAUGAUGUCUUGAUUCCUUAAUAAGUUAAUAAUUAUAAUCACCUUAGUCUUUAUGUGCACUUUUGUUAAUGGGAAAUAACUCUUGAAGCUAUUUUACAAACACACAAACUCCUUCAUUUUGAGCUAUUAACCCCUACUUCAUUUUGGAUUAUGUUUCACUAAGUUCAAUUGAAUUAAUAGGAUAUUGGGACAUAUUUUCAAACGUCUGUGAAAAUUCCUUGUUUAUUGAUUCUGAACUGAUUCCGGGCCUUUUUAAUUACCUAUCACUCGCACCUUACUGCAGUGGGUUUGAAAGCCUGCCAUGCACGUGUAGGCAUAAACGUAAUAAAUACCUACUUGAUCUAAUAUAAAAUUGAUAAAAGUUCGGUGGCUGCAGCACACACAAUCCGUCAUGAACCAUAUUUACUUAUAUUUUUAAGAGCAUUAUCAUUGCUGAAAAAAGAGUGGCCCUACUGUUUUAUGCAAGAAAAAAAUGUGAAAUCGGAGCAGAAAUAAGAUCCCAAAUUGUAUUGUACACGCGAUAAUUUUGGUAUUUGGACUAAAUAGAGGUUUCUGUUGAAAAAGAAACUAAUGAAGAUUUUUUUCUUUUCAUUUUUUGAUACGCCCGAUUGAGUGUUGUAACAGAAAACAUAGAUGAAUUCUAUUCUACACGUUCACCCGAAAUAAAAAACUCUUUUAAACACAAAAACAUCGGCAAUAGCGUUAUUUGCAUAAUUAAAAGCCAUCCAUGAAUGAUGUCUGGAUUUGGACCCCCUUAAGAGUCUCAGGCUAUCUGCUAAAUUGUUAUUUCCAUUUUUAAGAGUUACUUUAAUGCCAGUAUACUUUACUGGAGACAAUAAAUUGCACAUUUGUGAGCCCCAUGAUUUCGUAACUUUUUAUUGAUAAAUCCAGUCGUUUGACAUAUGUUAGUCCGUCGCCGCUAUUCUGUAGGGUAACAUUCCCUUUCAGGAAGUCAACCACUGUUUUUUGUUGUUGUUUUUUUCUACUUCCCGAACGGGAAACGGGAUUUUAAAUACUAGUAUAAUAACUUGCUUCCCAUUUGGGUAGUAAAAUUAUCUUUUUUUUACUUGUUCUGUGUUGAAAUCUUAUAUAAAAUGUUUGAAAUGCCAAUCGAAAAGCACGAGAAGACAUCACAGUGUUAACGAUUUCUUUAUGGUAAACUAUAUUCAGCUUUGCCAAUACCAAAUACAAACCAAAUAAACGAGUAAACUCAAA